AUGGAUUCUGAUAAAGAAAAAAAUAGCUGCACUUUUUUAUUUAAUAAAAGUAAAAUACGUAAAACAGGCAUUCGACAACGCAAAAAGUCGUCAGAUAGCAGCGAGGAUGAAACUAAAGUAUUUAAAAAAGAAUCUAAAAUUUCAGAUUCAAAUCCUCUACGUCAAAGAACAAAUACAUCAAGCAAACGAAAAACAGAGAAAUCAGACAGCAGUGAUGAUGAAAAUAUAACAGUUUCUUAUAAAAGUCGGAGAACAACAGCAGUAGCAGGACCAAGUGACCAAGGUGCCACUGCAAUACUAGAAACUGAAACAGAGUUGGACAAAGACGCUCAAGCGAUAUUUGAACGAGCACAAAAAAUAAAUGAAGAACUUGAGGGUAAAGAAGAUGAUAAAAUAUACCGGGGAUUAAAUAAUUAUUCGCAGUAUUAUAAGAAAAAAGACACUGCUGCUGGUAAUGCGUCGAGUGGGAUGGUACGCAAGGGUCCCAUAAGAGCACCAGCAAAUAUACGUACCACAGUAAGAUGGGAUUAUCAGCCUGAUAUAUGUAAAGAUUACAAAGAAACGGGUUACUGUGGUUUUGGAGACAGCUGUAAAUUUUUGCAUGACCGGUCAGAUUAUAAAUUAGGCUGGCAACUCGAACGUGACGCGAUCACUGGUGCUGAUGGAAACAGCGGUGAUGAAGACGAUAAAAAAUACGAAAUUGAUAGCGAUGAAGACAACCUUCCCUUUAAAUGCUUCAUUUGUCGUAAUACAUUCGUCGAUCCGAUUGUUACUAAGUGUAAGCAUUACUUCUGCGAAAAAUGUGCCUUGGAGCAGUAUAAAAAAACGACUCGAUGUUUUGUGUGCAACACACAAACUAACGGUGUUUUUAAUCCUGCGAAAGAAAUAAUUGCGCGAGUUAAAGCGGAUGAAAAUAAGAGUAUUAAUAAAAGUAGUGAUGAUGAUGAUGAUGAUGAUGAUGAUGAUGUAUAA